AAUGUAUUGAAAGUCACAGGCGCUUGGUUGCACUGAUAGUAUUUUUCUUAUAUUGGCCUGUACCUACUGUUUGUUGGUUUUAAUACGUGCACCAGUGCUCCCUGUAUUCAAAAACAUUAUUUAAGUUCAACGGUUACGGAAGAUAGAUAGAUAGAUCUAUGCUCUGAAAUAAGAGAAGUAGAGAAAAAAAACUAACACUAUGUCAAGCCUGGCAGAUCAACUCAAUGCUGUUAAGCUAAAGAAGUCGAAAGAGCCAAUUAAAGACUUCUCAAGUCCUAAAACAGCUGGCUUUCUGAAAGAAGAAGAUAUCAAAGAGUAUGAGAAAUGUGUGCUAGAGGUAAAUACAGAACAUUGGAUUGAUCUUCUCAAAGGCGAGACAUUUCCCACAGUUCUCUGCCCUUUCUUGCUGGAGGAGGCUCAAGUUUUCAUUGGCAUUUAUGAAAGGCUGUAUCUUAACAAAGAUCAUACUGAUAUUUGUAACACUGACUGGCGAGACAAAAUAACAGACAGUGAAAAGACUUGUCUUGAAGCCUUGACAACACGUCUGCAAACGUCAAUGAACACUUACACCAAAGAUGGGUUUGCUUUUGUUAAGACAUCAAGUCGAAGUGCAAAAGACGCACCUCUAGUUCAGAACCAUCUGAAAGAUCUGUAUAGAAAGGAGCUGAUGACAUAUCCUGCUGAAGAAAGGUCAGAAAAUGUUCAGAUAAUGUGCCUUCUGAAAGCCGCUUUCAUUGCAUUGCGAGUAAAAACUGCUGAUGAAGUAGUUGAUAUGUUUAUGCGGAGUGAAAGAAUCUACCAGGACCUACUUUUGGCGGCUGUCAACCAGAAAGACAAGUACCAUGAACAUUUUGUGAUCAGAAAAUUUUUCGAUAUCGACAUUGAUAUGGAAUUUCGUGGAUUUGUAUCAAAUUACGAAUUAGUUGCCUUAUCCCAGUAUAAUUAUGCAAUUUGCUCAGAGAGGUUGGUGAAAGAGAAAGAGAAAUAUGGACAAAUGGUGAAAAAUUACUUCCAGAACACAGUACAGCCAAAGUUGAAGGGUUCAAAGUUCCCAAAACAUUCCAUAAUUGAUUUUGCUAUCUGCGAAAAAGGUGCAAAACUGUGGGUGAUUGAAGUGAACCCUUUCCUUGAGACAACAGAUGGUGCCCUGUUCAGCUGGAACCAUGAGAGAGACAUACUGGAGGGGUCAAAGGGGUUUGUGUUUAGGAUCACAGAGAAACCACGUCCCGGGGCCAAGACUAUUCUACCUCAGAGUGUCAGGGGACUCCUUGAGGAAAAGGAGAACAUUUAAGGGGUUAAGACAAAACAGAUGAAACUCUGCAAGAUUAUGUAGGAUAAAGACAGAGUUUUGUUGAUUGAAAAAGGAGUUUUAAGAAAUCCGUUUGAUGUUGAUCAAAAAUCAAAUUAAGUGUUAUAGAUAUUUUUCUACAUUCCAUAUCUUUUUUUCUGAAUCUCAAAGAUUUCAACUGUUAACUAUAUUUUCUAAUAAUUGAAAUCAAAAGAUUUAAUAAAUAAUCAGAAUAUUGCCAUUUUUGUCAAGCCCGCUGGCGGUGAGCGCAACAUAGUUGUCACUAUGGCGGUUCGGUGUAUGUGCCUGUGUCCGUCUGUCCGUCCUUCCAUCUGUGAGAGUGUGUGUCCAUCCGAGAUUGUCCAGGCUGUAACUUAUCUAUGGAUCAAGGGAUUCUUAAACAACUUCGCACACAUGUUUGCCUCAAUGAAACGGUGUGUUGUGUGCAAGAAACAGAUUGGUAAGUUAAAAGUCGAGGUCAAAAGUCAGUGCCGUUUUGCUUUUCCGGGCUGUAACUCAGCCAUGGAUUGAGUGAUUCUUAAAUAAUUUGGAACAAAUGUUGCCUCAAUAAGAUGAUAUGUCAUGUACAACAACCAGAUUGGUAGCUUAAAGGUCAAGAUCAUACUUAGAGGUCAAAGGUCAAAACUUGGUGCAGUUUUCCUUGUCCGGGCUGUAACUCGGCCAUGGAUUGAGGGUUUCUUAAAUAACUUGGUACAAGUGUUUGCCUCAAUGAGACAGUCUGUCAGGUAUAAGUAGUUGAGAGAUGAAGGUCACACUUAGGGGUCAAAGGUCAAAAGUUGAUGCAGUAAAAAUCUCUUGUCUGGGCUGUAACUUAGCCAUGGAUGGAGAUGUUCUUAAAUAACUUGGCAGAAAUGUUUGCCGCAAUCAAUACUGUCGCUGCCAAAUUGUAUAAAAAAUGUCAGUCCUUUUGACAGCUGGCGGGCUCGACAUGUUGCCCGUGGGCAUCUAGUUUGCUAUAAAAAUGCAAUGGAAAUUAAGUUAACUUAGUUUAUGAUCUUAUUGUAUGUGCAAUAAUUUCAUAUUUUAUAUAUCUAAUAGUUUCCUUAGGUAUUUACAUUUCUAUACAUAUCUGAUGUUUUGACUUCUGUAUGAAAUUACCUCAGUUAUCUCUAUUUUUGUUAUCUGUAGUUUUUAAUAUAUUGUUAUGUUUAUGAUGUUCUGAUUUUUACUCUUUUAGCCUCUGCAAAAAGCUUAUGAAUUGGGCUGUAACAUGUCAUGUGUGACAUUCCAUCCAAAUUUUGUUGCUAGAACCUUAUAAAUGCUCAAGAAUUUAAUAAUUUGAAACCUACAUGCUGAUCACUUUUCUUCAGUUUUACUUAUAUUUAUGUCAUUUAAAAUAAAAUUCCUAUUAGACAUUUAAUAUAUAUUUGCUGUUUAAAAUGAAAUAUUCUUAUGAAGCUUACCAGCCCGCUUAUCUACAGAUCGCGGGGUCAUGAGUUCGAUCCCUGGGUGAGGCAUAUGUUCUCUGUGACAAUUUGAUAAAAGACAUUGUGUCUAAAACCAUUCUUCUUCCACCUCUGAUUCAUGUGGGGAAGUUGGCAGUUACUUGCAGAGAACAGGUUUGUACUCGUACAGAAUCCAGGAAUACUGGUUAGAUUAUCUGCCCGCCAUUACAUAACUGAAAUACUGUUGAAAAACGGUGUUAAACCCGAAACAAACAAACAUAAGAUUAGCACAAUGUUGGUUUUUAAUUUGUUUUGAAAUAGGCUUUCAGCCUCCUUUUUUGGUUUUUAAUAUGAUGAAAGGUGGCUAUUUAUAUUCUUUGUGUGUAACUACUGUGAAAAUAUUAUUACUGUUGGUGGGCAACGUUUCAUGGUUGUGUCUCUCAGCGACAUGUAUUUCCAACAUCCCAGUAAAUUACCAUAAUAUAUUUUUCAGUACUAUUUGAAAUACACAAAGUUAUUUCCUUUAGACAGUCUUUCAGUUGAAACUUUAAAAUUGCAUUUUAUUUAUAUUUUGAUUUGUAUCACCUCAGUGUAUUAAGUGGAGAAUAAUUCCACAUAUAUAUCAGUUAACAGUCCCAUAAUUUUGUGCUGUAAAUGAUAAUGAUAAAGAAUCAGAUGAUAUUCAAGAUUUUAAAUUGUUUUUGCUCAGUUGAGCUUUAAAGGCACUGACCUCCAGAUUUGGCUAAAAAUAAUCUUUCUUUCAAAUUGAAGUUUGGUCAUAUUAUGAACAUUAGAAUACAAGUUUUUGUUUUCUGAAAUAUUUUAAAAAUUCCAAAUCAAGAAAAAAGGAUGACCGCGUCAGGAAUUGAACCCCGGACUGCCGCAGCAAUAAAGACACUUUCCCAUCAUCGUAAUUAAGUUUUAAAGCCUUCUUAAGAAAUGUAGCAUUUAUUUCCAGAUAUCUAAAAAAAAUUAUUUUGUUGUCAAAUGAUCUGGAGGUCAGUCCCUUUAAGUGCUCAAGAUGAGCUAUUUGUGAUAUCCAUGUGUCUGUCUUUCAUUGUUGUGCAUCAUCAUCAGUUUUUACUGUUUACAUUAGAGGUCACAGUUUUUUACCCUACCUUCUUCAGUUUCCCUGAAGAAUAAUUUCCGCUAAAUAUAAAACUUGGUUAACUGGGGUCAGAAACUAGGCCACUACGUCAAAUAAUAGUUAUAACUUUUACACAAUAUUUGUCUUUAUAAAAUCCAGGUCAGUUCCAAAAAUAGGAUACCUGAGAUAAAAAACUAGGUAACUAGGUCAAAUCAUAGAAACACCUUUUGAACACUGUAAAGGUCACAUAUUCUCCUUGGUCUUCAUAAAGCAGUCAGAAAACCUGUCUCUAUGAAAUCUGGGUCAUAUUUGAAACUGGUUUAUCAAAGGUCAAAAACUAGGCCAUUAUUUCAAUUUUUUAGAAAAAAACAUUGUCAAUACUCUACAGGCAAUAUUUAGAACCUGCUGUUCCUAAAACUUUUAGGUCAAGUUUCAACUUGAAUUAUGUAUGGUCAAAAACUAAUUUAUUAGGUCAAAUCACAGAAAGACUUGUCAACUCUCCAGAGGUCACAUUUUCCACUUGGUUUUCAUGAGACUUGGUCAGAAUGUUUUUCUGUUUGAAAUCAAGAAUAAAUGUCUUUACUGGGUCAAAAACUAGAACACUAUGUCAAAUUGUCCCAUGCAAUUCUGGGAUAACUUGUGAAUGAAAAGAAAUGGAACCAAUGUAUUAUUCUUGCAUGCUUGUAAAAGGCCACUAACAGUGUCUGUACACUUGGUUUUGCUGUAUCUCUUUGAUUCCAACAGGCUCAUUAUCUAAUAUGCAAACUUGUGUAUAUUGUCAGAACAUUAAUGUACCAUGCACAGUUUUGGAGUGAUAGAUGGAAGGAAAGAUGGAUGGAUGGAGAAAGAGAGUGUUCUACUUGAUAAGUUGCAAACUAUCAGUUUUUUUUUCUUGUACAUAAGGAGGCAAUUAUAUUUAUACAUCUUUUAUAAUAUUUAUUCAAUAUUUUUUAUAUCUAAAUCUAUAUUUGCUAUUUACUUUUGUUACCAGUUACAAAGAAAUAAACUUCUUUUAUAAGCUAUUUUAUACAAUAAUUUAUAUUUAUAAAAGAAGGAAACAC